AGAGCUCAGAUAGCACAGGACCUGACAGCAGCCACAGGCAGGAUCUGCUCUGCAGCUUGUUUCAGCUCCGCACUCAUCCUGAUGGGCAACCUUAGGUUCAGGACAGCAGGAAUCUUCUGUGUGGCCUUCCAGCCUCUCCAGAAGCCCGCCAUGAAGAGCUCCAAGGGAGGCCACAAGAAGAAGUGAGGCACUGACCUGGGGAAGGAGCAGACCUGUUUGGAUCCUGUGACUCUCUCCAUUCUCGUGAAGCAGCAGCUUGCAGGAAGGCACUGAGGACAGUCUACACUUCUGGCAGUGCAGCAGGCAUUUACCAAGCUACCAGCCAGAGGAGGGAGGAAGAUGGCGGUCAUAGCAAGUGGCCCCACAGCAGGCUUCACCAUGGUAUCAAGAAAGCAUGUGGGCCAUGGAACAGCUCUGCUGCGCUGGAGGUACAUGGGGCACCUGCUCUGUGCACUCACCAUCCUGGAGGUUGCUGCAACCUUGGGACUGAUGAUCUACGCACUGCUUGUGGAAGCAGGGAACUUGGUCGACCUCUCCAACAAACGCAUUGGCUUUUACAACUUCUGCCUGUGGAACGAGACAGCCGGGAAGCUGCAGUGCCUGGAAGUCAGACAUCUGCAGGCCAUGGGCAUCAGCUGGCUAGGAAUAGCACUGGCCAGGGUUUGUGUCUACAUGUGCCCAGUCAUCAGCUUCUUCUACCCACUUUUCCUUGCAAACAUGAGGUGCAAAGACAAGGUAGAGGGCUGGAGGGUAUUGCUCAUCAUACUUAUCACCAAAAUGUUACUCCUAUCUGGAGGCCUGGGUAUAUUUCUCCUCCAAACCUCACCUUGGAUUAACCUCUCCGAUUUUACUGGGGGCUUUCUGGCACUGGUUGGGAUUCUGGCUCUGAUUCUGCUCCAGAUUCUCACUAUCAUUACACAUGCCAUCUGGGCCAAGCACAUAAACCCACAUCAAAGCCCUUUCACUGAGGAGGCCUUGCCCAUUAAAAUCUGAAAAUGAAGAUGCAGGAUGAUGUGAUUUAGAACAGCAAUCACACUACAGCUUUAAUCACUGGCAGGCUCCUUAGUCCAAGUGCUCACAUCCAGUGUCCUGGUUUCAGCUGGGACAGUGUUGAUUUUCUUCAUUGUAUCUUCUACGAUGCUGUGUUUUGGCUUUAGGAUAAAAAAAACUUUGAUAACAUACCGAUGUUUCAGUUGUUGCUGAGCAGUGCUGUGCAGAGCUAAAGACACUUGUUUUUCAGCUUCCUGUACUGCCCUGCCAGCAAGGGGACUCAGGGGACACAUCGAGCUGGGAGGGGACAGAAUCAGGAGAGCUGCCCUAAACUGAUCAAAGGGAUAUUCCAUACUAACAUAAAAGCAAUAUCCACAUACUGUGGAAAACUUCUAUAAACGUUUCACUUCCUCAAAUAUGGGUGCAUUUCUUAGCAGCAUGAGUGGAAAUCACAUGCUUGUUUUGCAGUUAGAACUAGAGACAGAGACUUGCCAAAGAAGGCGUGGCAUAAGAGGACAGUCAGUCCUACCCACCAUGGGCAAGUCUAGGCAAGUUGCCCUACUGUACAAGAGGCCUAAGUGACUAACAUAAGGGACAGCGUGGCUACAACCUCCAACUGAAUUGGAGGACACGCAGGUAUAGAAGUACUUUGCAUCUUGUGCUAUGUAUUGUAGUGGGAUAUAAAUAAAAAUUUAACUGAUAA